AUGGGAUUUUGUUUUCUAUUUAAUACGAACGUAACAUUUGGAUGGGAUUACAAAAUAAUUAUUGUAUAUACUUGCACUACAUAAUUUGCUUUUAUGAUAUCGAAAUUGCUUUCAUAUAAAGGAAUAAAUUCUUAUUGUUGUUUUGCCUUAUUGGAGAGUGCCCUGUUUAUUACCUAUUUAUUAGGAAUAGUCUACAAUAAUGAAAUCUCAGCAAUAAAUAUUAAUUUUAUCAGUUAUGCUCUACUCAUAUUGUAAUUUGUAAUUUUAGCAAUAACAGUUUUAAUAAGUAGGUAAAGUGUUGAGAGUGAUGCUUAAGAUUAGUCAAAAUAAAUAUAAGAAAUUGUAUGUAUUACGAUCUAUUAAAAGUUGGUUGCUGCAAUAAAAAGCAUAGGCUCAUUACAGAUAGUAUUUUUGAGUUUGAAAUGGAGUCAAUAAAUUAAUUGGGGUUGGAUGCAAACUUUAGUAAUCGUUUGGUUUAUUCUUGGUACUAUGACAUUGAUUGAAGUAUGUUUGAUAUUCGAUUUGAUUUUAAAAUGUUGUAACAACGAACUUUAAAAUAAGAAACUAUUAAUUUUUGGAGGGGCUUGGGUGAAUAUUGUUCUCGUAGGAUUUAUUAUAGAUAUAGGACUGACUUUUUUAGGAUUAGGAUUACUCUUGGACUAUAAUAUUGGAUAGAUAAAUUUAUUGGGUUUCAUCACUUCGAUCGUUUACUAUUUUUUUUAGAUCUUGUUUUAUUUCAAAAACUAGGAAGAAUUAAUUUAAUUUUUCAAUUUAUCUGAAACAUAAUAGUAAAUAAGACCACCCGAAUAGCCUAAUGAAUAGAUUACAUUAAAAGAAAGAAUCAAAGAAAUUCACAGAAUUAGCAUAAGCAAGGUUCCCUAAUUUAUGGUGAAAUUGUCAGCCACUUACUUUAGAAAGUAAGAAAUAAAUGAGAAUCAAAAGAAUCAGAAUGAGUUAGGUUCAUCUUAGGAUAAAAAGUUUCGAUCAAUUAGUUAUUCAGAUGUAAAGAAAUAGAAGGAGAUUAAAAAGAGUCCAUCUCAGGAGUUGGAGGAAGACUUAACUAAAAAAUUUGAUUAAUUAUUAUCAUCUCCAAGAAUAAAAUUAGAAGUUAGUGAAAGUAUGGCCCCAGAGUUGUCAAGCAGAGGAUAGUAUAAAUAGAAUGUGUUAUGCCUUGUUUGUUAUGAAAAAGAAAGUAAUAUGAUUAACUAGCCUUGUGGCCAUGGAGGAUUUUGUUAAGAAUGCUCGUAACAAUUAUUGUCAAAGAGUAAUUAUUGUAUGUUGUGUCGUAAACCUGUAACACAUACAUUACUUGUAUAAGGAGUUGAAAACAGGGAAAGUUUGGUUGAAGUAAUAGGAAUUUAUUAAGGGGGGUAAAAGUAAGGAUGA